AUCGUAAUCAGUCCACCCGAAAUUUCCUAUAGUUGCUUCUUCCCUUCCCCGCCGCAGAACCCUAGCCUCCGCCCCCGAUCCGUCGAAACCCUAGCCCCAUAUCGCCGUCGCAUGGCGUCCCGGGGAGCCUACGGCUAUGACUACGGCGGCGGCUUCGGCGCCGGGGGCAAGAUCCGCCGCCGCCCUCCCUCCCGCGCCGCCGCCGCUUCACCCUACGCGCGCCCCGCCCCCGCCCCGGCUCCCGCCGCGGCGGCAGCGUCGCAGGGGGGUGGGUGGCUCUCCCGGAUCAUUGCCGCCGGCGCGUCGCGCCUCCUUCCCUCCUUGUUCCGCAAGCCGCCGCCUCAGCUCGCUGCGCCACCCCCGCAGCCGGAACUGCUCGACGCGCCGCCGGAGCGGUCGGAGGCCUCGCACGACCUGCAACCGUUGCGGCUGGAGCCGCUCGACGUGCCGCCUUCGCCACUGCCCCCACCGUUAGAGGAUGACCUUCCAGAAAGUGAAGAAAAUGAUGGAGCGAUUGCCAAUAAUCUGUUUACUAAAAAUACUGAAAGUUCUGCCAAGGAUGGUGAAGAACACAUGCUAAGAAAUUCUGAUGACAGUGGUGCUAUGCAUCUUGAAGAAUUAUUGAAGCAGAGCACUUUCACAAGGAGUGAAUUUGAAUAUUUGACCGAGUUGUUGUGGUCUAGAACUAUUGGAUCAAAUUCAUUGAAGCCAGAAGAUAGUAACAUAAAGAAAAUGCAUGUUUCUGAGAAGGAAAAUGGAUCCAGACACUCCAACAUACCUGUUGAUUUCUCCAUUAGGUCAUACAGUGUUGCUCAGGAUCAAGUUGCUUCACCUGCAGAAAUCGCAAAGGCAUAUAUGGGUUCAAAAUCUUCUAAGGGGUCCCCUCUACGCCUUAGAUUGCAUGAUCCCUCCUCUCUGCCUAUCAAAUCAAUAGAAGCUAAUAUGAUACAAAAAGCUAAACCUCCCACCAUCCCACUUUUCCAAGGCUCAAGAUUGCAUACUUCCAAAAUUUCUGAUUGUCUUGAAAGCAACUUUGCGACCCCGAAUAGAUCGGCAAUCUACAAAAUGUCAUCAUCUCCUUAUUUUAAGAGUGCUGCUUCUUCAAAGGAUUUAUUUGGUACUGUAUCAUCAUCUUAUCGGACACCGAGUAGUGUCCAUACUUUCGGCAGGCAGGUCUUGAAGAGAAAGAGUACUGCUGUCAACAAUGAGACUGUAUCUAUUGGUCCCAUACGUAAAAUGCACCAAAGAUAUAACAGAACAUCGCCACUGUUGGAAACACGGCCAGGUCACCGUGGACACUUUCGGGGUCAUGGAAGCAUACUUAAUGAAGAUUCUGAACAUUCGGCACAAACUCAAAAGCGUCGCUGUCUGGAUAAAGUUGGUGAUGCUGUUCUAGGUGGCUUAGAUGACAGAGCUCAUGCGAACAGUUUUGCUCAGGCUCCUGUGCAGUCAGCUGAGAUGGCUGCCAAGAUACUGAAGCAGCUUGAUACAUUAGUUCCUUCACAGAAGGAAGACACACCAGAAAUAAAGCAGAAACAUGGGAAUGCCAUGGAUGUUGGGAAUCUUGUUUCUCGAAAAAGGGAAGUAUCAACACAGAGUAAUCUUUUGGAACCUUCUCCAUCAGGAGUUAAGGAGUAUUCCUUACUUAAUGGCAUUAAUGGUACUGCGAAGUUUACCCCGGCUGCAGUAACUGAAAAGAGUGUUGAUGCUACAUCAAACACAUCUGUUGGCUUGAUGAGUAAAUCAAUCUCUAAAAUUACUUCACCCAAGGACAAGCCUCCAACAUUUUCUUUAAGAAGCCAUGCUCCUUCUAAUCUGGUAUUAUCUAGUGAAAUUGACCGAAACAAAAUGCCAAUAACAUCAAAUGGCUUCACCUUCCCUGUCCCAGCUGUUCUUGGUGCCCACUCGCAGGCUCCUCCAACACCUACAAUGGCAUCUCCGCCUAUACUACCUGUUGAGAAGCAGCAGCCUUCUCCAGUAUCCAGUGCUUCAGUUACUUCUGUGGAAAAUGGUCCCAGGAUUUUGAAAUCAGUUUCAGAAGAAGAAUCAAUUGCGCAGAAAUGUGAUAAGAAGUUGAAUGCAGAUGAAAAACCAGUGUCUUCUAAGAAUUCUGGGCAAGUUGCAUCUUUCACCUGUAACCCUGUCUUUAAGCUUGGCAAUUCAAAGCCUACAACCUUAUGCAAUGGCCCUGAACAUACAUCGAACUCUACUGCCUCUGCUGUACUACCUGGUAAUGGAUCAAUGAACUCCGCUUCGUUUCCAAGUGCUGGCUUUUCUACCAUCUCAACGAACUCAGCUUCAAAGUCUACACAGAACAGUUCAACUGGAGGCAGUUUCACUUUCUCCAAUACUGGUACAGGUAGUUUACCGGCAGCCUCAAGUAUGUUUGCUGGCACAAGUUCUCAAUCUGUUGCGGCACCGUCAUUGGCAUCUUCUGGUAAAGGAAGCGGCAGUACCCCUUUCCGUUUCUCUCCACUGUUUGGGACUGCAUGUUCUUCAGCUGCUCAGGACAAAUCCAAAGCAGUAAGCAGCAGCACCCCUUUUACAUUCUCCCAGAAGUUUGGCACUACGAGUUCUUCAGAUACUCAGGACAAAUCCAAUGCCGUAAGCAGCAGUACCCCUUUUAGUUUCUCCCAGCAGUUUGGCACUGCAAGUAAUUCCGCUGCUCAGGAUAUAUCCAAGGCAGCCUCUCCUGAACCAACAAUUUUUUCUGGAAACAAGCAUGCCCAAUCAGGAAAUAGCAAUUCACUGUUCACACAGAGUUCAACGAAUAAUUUGGGCUUCAAAUCUUCAGAAAUGUCAAAUUGUGGGAGCUCGCAAAGUUUGGCAGGUUCACCAGUUGGUUCAACACCUUUGGUUUCUAGUCCGUUCAAUUCAAACUCUGUGUUUUCUUUGGCAGCUGGUUCUGGUUCUACUUCUGCGGCUGCAACUGCUCCACCAUUUUCUCCUGCUAUAAGCUCUGCUUUUGGAUCCAAUCCAGCAUUCUCAGCAUCACCAAUAUUUGGCAGCAAAUUGACUACAACUGCUACACCCUCGUUCGGUUUGCCGAAUACUAGUCCUGCUACUUCACCUUUUAGCUCAACCUCAAGCGCUGUGUUCUCAUUCACUGCAGCUACUCCAAUACCAAAUUCGUCACCCACAACACCAGUAUUUGGUGGAGUGAGCCCAACUGUUAGUUUAACUCAGAUGAAUGGAGGGAACAUGAUUGCAGACAAGAACGAGUCCCCUUUACCUACAGCUUCACCAUUUGGCAUGCCAAGCAGCUCACCCUCAACUCCACUUUUCAGUUCGCCUGCAACUCAGUUUGCCUCAACUACGUCAGCCUCACCUGACAUUUUCCAAUUUGGCCAGCAGAGUCAAGCUUCUUCAGGUGGAUUUUCAAUGGGUACCGGCGGUGGCAACGAGAAGUCUGGCAGAAGAAUUAUCAGAGUUAAGCGAAAGAAAUAGGGCACUUCAUGUUAUUUUAAUUGCAUGAGAACAAGCAGCCAGCCUGGCCGUGGCCACCCUGCAGUGCAAAUUGCUCUGGCUUUCAGGGCUGAGGAGGUCGGCACGUACAAUUUUCUUGUUUCUUUUCUUAUUACCAGGAGUGUUUGGCUGAGAUGGCAAUGCGAUGCCAGUUUUCUUUUACUGAUCUCAAUUUUGAAACAGUAACUACAGCGGAGGUCACCCAUUCUGUCAAGAAAUGAUAUUGUUGUAUGAUUUAUCCUCAUAACGGAAUUUGUUCAUCAAUGUCAAGUGUAUUACAUCUGUUCGGCCAUUGAUUCCUCCAUAUUUUUUUGUGGAACAGAAUUCACUUUCUGCCUAAGUACGAGGUGGAUGCCA